CCAAGAUAUCCCCGUUUCUUCAGCGCAUGCUGUAAUAACCUAGCUUCAGGUGGCGUUCUUGUGUGCAUUCAUCUGGAGACCCUCACAGGGCACCCUUCUCCCCAUCCCCACCUUUGCCAACAUGGUUGCGCCUUACCCAGACAACCUGAUCAUCUACCCGCCUAUCGAAAAGCCAACCUUGAAGGAUAUUAUCAUUGAGAGUGGCUGUAAGGUCCUCGCGGAGCUCACAGAAGCUAAUUCCACGACCGACAUACCACCAGUUCAGGAGAAACGUUCCCCGAAAGGUUUUGAUAGACGGCGGUCGAUAAUGACAACCGGAUCUCCCGGGAGGGACUCUUUUCAAAACAACUUUUGGCUGAGAAAGACGAAGGCAGUGAUGAAGGAGAUGAACACGGUGACACAGUGUAUUCCAUCGGCCGCGAGGGGAUCAUUACGCUUUCUGGACCUUGGGUGUUGUCCCGGCGGCUUUACUGCUUACAUCCUCGAGAAGAACAAGAUCGCCAGAGGACUUGGAAUUUCUUUGCCUACAGAAGACGGUGGACACGCUUACUGCCUCGAUAAUCGUCUACGUCGGCAGACAUUCGUUCCACACGAUUUGACGAAAUUCCAGCUCUCGUCAUCAGGUCCGAUUGCGGGCACAAACUUCAAAGCUGUCCCUCGGGAUAUUGAAAAGCGUCAAUUCGACCUCGCCAUCCUCGGUGCUAGUCCAUUAUCCAGCUGGCGCGGGAACCGAGACAGCGACCUUCUCCUUGUGUCACAGCUUGUCCUCGGCUUGCAGGGCGUCAAAACGGGCGGGACAAUCAUCGUGCUGCUACAUAAUCCCGAGUCAUCCCAGACAGCGAGAGUGCUAUAUCUUCUUGAUAAGAUCUCGAAGAAACUCACUGUGCACAAACCGACGUCUGUGCACAGCGAUCGCAGUUCAUUCUAUGCCAUAGCGCAAGGGGUAGGGCUCGGCAAAGGAGAGGAGGUUACGAGGAACGCGUACCUUGAUGGGAUGAGAAGAUUGUGGUCUGAGAUGACUCGGGAAGGGAGAAAGAUGGUGGAGGAGGAUUUGGAUUUUAUCGUUACUAUGGACGAGGUUUCAAGGUCCUGUAUCGCAUGGUUGGUGGAACUCUGUGGGAAGAUAUGGGAGAUACAGCUGAAAGCGCUGGAAGUCGGUCUGGAAAGGGAUCUAUCCUUCUGAUAUUUUUGAUUCGUUUGUGAUAUUUAAAUGUUG